AUGACAAAAUUUGCACUCAAGGCUGGACCAACACUCACGUCGCUCCAGCCGCAUUCCUGCUCUUCUUGCCAGGAACUGUUGAUAACAAAAGAGUCUUCCUUUGAUAAUCCCACAGCGCAGUUUCCUUACAAAAAGGUAGAGGAGAAAGCGUCGUUAGGUUGCAUGCUCUUCCAGUCAUUACAACGAAAGUUCGACGACUUGGCUAAGCCGUUUCUUCGAGAACGGAAUCACCUGAUCUUAUAUCCUCUUAUCGACUCAGAUAACUGGUUGGUAGGUUUACUGGCACGUUGGAUGAUCACGCAAGAUUGUGUACAGGGCGAAGAGGAUGCAGAUAUGCUGUGUCCAUUUGCCUCAAAGGACCAUCCUGCUUCUGAAUUUGUUGAUGCGACGCCUCUAAACCUGGACCCUGGAUCAGCUAAAAGCUUUGACUGGAUAGAGAAAACUUUCGCCGAAUGUCAAAAUAACCAUUUGCAAUGCAACAAAGUCAUUCAAGAGAAUCGACAAAGUUUUGCUAUGCCAAAGCGACUACUUGAUGUUGGCCACUCUAACGAACCUGUCUUGCACUUGUUCGAAACCAGCGAUGAUACCCAGAAAGCCUAUGCCAUCGCUAGCUAUGCUUGGGGCAGUGGCCCUCAAGCUAAAGCCAUUCAGCAAGCUCUGACAACUCGGGCAAAUAUAGGGUCUAGGAUGUCUGAUGGGUUGCAGCUCUCUAUUCUGCCACGAACUAUCCGAGACCUAGUGGAAGUCACGCGAAGAAUCGGUCAUCGAUAUCUUUGGCUGGAUGCGUUUUGCAUUGUUCAGGAUGACCCGGAUGAAACAAGGCAUCUAUUCAUUACCAUGGUCGACUUCUACAAACGAGCCGAUAUCCUGAUCUCAGCUGCAAGUGCUUCACAGAGUGAUGAGGAAUUUCUUCACCCUCGGAGCAUUGAUCAAUCUUACGGAAGCAUUUUCGAAUUACGUUAUAAAUGGAACUUUUCUGGUCACGAGAGUUAG